AUGCUCAGGUCCGUGGAGUCCCCGCUGGGCCGUGACUCCAUGUUCGGGUCGGUGAACGUGCUCGGCAACGAGCUGCGCGAUGGGCCGGACCGCGCCAGCUCCAAGCUCGUGGGCCGGUUCCAAGGCCUUUUCGCCGGGGCUGGGCUCAUGAGCCCGCCGGGCCUGAUGUCAUCGUUGAACGUGGUGUUCUCGGCGGGCAAGUACAGUGGGAGCACGCUGGCGUUGCUGGGUCCCCUAUUGGAUUUCGAGGCCCCAGUCGAGCGGGCCUUGGUGGGCGGCACCAGGGACUUCAGGAUGGCGCUUGAUAAGAUUGACCUUUACGUGAUGAUCCGUCCUACCAAUGUCGUGGUGGUGUCACGGCAGAUGGAUUCUCGGCGGCACGCCGCGCAGUAA